AUGGAAAUCGUCCGCCGAGCCGCCGCUACGGCUCGCCUGGACGACGACUACCGCCUCCCCGAUCCUUCUCCCCCGCACGGGCAAAUGUCAGUGGAUGCACUCCGGAGGGAGCUUGUGAAGGAGAGCAUUAUCCAGGAGAUCAUCGCCGCUGAGCUGGCGGAGCAGCGGGGGUUAGAGUCCGAGGUCUGGCGCGAGCUCGGGUUGGAGCACGCCGGUCCCCUGUCCCUGUGCACCCCUGCCGGGCUCCAGCUGACCACAAUGCCCCACCAUGAUACAUCCCCUGUGCGGCAAGAGGGUCUGCUCCACUUCCACAUGCCCAGAGAUAUGUUUGGAUUUAGCUUGUCAUGA